AUGAAUGCAGCUCAGCUGUGUUGGAAUAUAAGCGAUGUCAACUCUCCGUCUCGCUCAGUCACCAUCAUGCUGAUUGCCUGGCAGGAUGUACAUCGUCUUUCUCAACCCUUGGCAAAUAUUUCAGUAAGUUACAGAACUUACAGCAGUGGUUCCCAACCUGGGGGAAAUGACUGCAUAAUGUAUUCUCACAAAUCAGGUGCACAGAAGCGGAAAGAAAAACAGGCUAGGGAAGAGGCUGUUUCAAAGUGUGCAAGAACAUUAUUUGAAGUGGGUGUUAAGAAAAUAGACACAAUAGACACUAAUGUAGAAGAACAGAAUAUCUUGCCCUCAUCCUCAGAGUCAGACCCCUCAACUUCACAGUCAUUAGUCCAGGAUGCCCAACAGGAAGCCAAAUCCGAUGUAAUAAAUGCAGAACCCAAAGACACUGAACAACAAAGAGAUAUAGGUUUGAUCCCUGAUACGCCAUCUCGAGUGCAGAUUAAAGAUUUUGUUAGACAGGGCCCUCAGCCAAUACCAAGUCAAAUUGCUUCAGAUGAUAAGGGUAACAGUUUCCCUUAUACAGUUUUGAAAGUUCAGAGACCAAAUGGUGAAACUGGAAAACGAGAUUGGCUAGUGUAUAGUCAGCGUAAAAGAGCACUUUUUUGUUUUCCUUGUCGACUGUUUAUUGCAGGAUGUACAAAACAGCCAAAAACACCUUCAAAUUUGGCUUCAUGUGGCAUUGGAAAACAAUCGUCAUGGAAAAAACUUUAUAACCGCAUUCCAGAACAUGAGCAUACAAACUACCACAAACAGUGUUAUCUAGACUGGCGUCAGUUAGAAGCACGUUUGAAAGAGGAAUCUGGAAUUGAUGAUCAGUUACAGAGAUCAAUUCAGUCUGAGAAAAGUAAAUGGAAGUUAAUUCUAAAACGAAUCUUGGAUGUUGUACUGACUUUAGGAGAGCGAGGCCUUUCAUUUCAAGGAGAGUCUAGCAUGUUAUAG